AUGGACCUCUCGUAUUGGCGACUAGCCUCGGCAGUGUUUUCCGGCACUUGGUACGUGGUCAUCCUCGUGGUGGCCUACAACGGGUUCGUGGAGAUUGUGGUGCGGUACCGCCGCCGUCCCGUGGACCAGCCAGCAGCCAUCGAGCCUGUCACCAUCAUCCGUCCCAUCAAAGGUAUCGAUCCAGAGUUAGUAACGUGUCUCGAGUCCUCAUUCCAGCAGAACUACCCCAAAGAUAGCCUCCAGAUCUUGCUCUGUGUGGACAGUCCACACGAUCCGUCGAUGCCGCUUCUCCAGCGCUUGUUGGCUAAGUACCCCCACGUCGACGCCUCCAUCUUGACCAGCACCGGGUUCGACCCGGUGCUCAACGUGUCGGAGGACCACUAUGGACCCAACCCUAAGGUCAACAACUUGGCCAAGGGAUUUUUGGCCGCUAAGCACGAUAUCCUCUGGAUCAUGGACUCCAACGUGUGGGCCAGCCCCAAUAUCUUGAACAACUCGGUGCGGGCGUUGAACGGUAACUACAAUAACGGCAGGAAGCUCUCGGACGCCGUGCUGGCCCGCAAGGUCCGGUUAGUGCACCAUGUGCCGUUGGCGUUGAGUAUCAACCCUGCGGACGACGCUGCAUCCGACUCGGAGUACGUGCUUAGCCCUGUUCCCUCGCAGGACUCGGGGCUGUCUUCGUCGUCGUCACGAGGGACACUGGCCACUGGUGUAGUGGCCCAGCGGGCCUCUGCCAGUCCUCCACCUGCGCUGGUGAGACGGCGGUCGCUCCGCAAGUUGGGAGCCCAGUUGGACGAGAUGUUCUUGUUCACCUCCCACUGCAAGUUCUACAUCUCGUUGAACAACCUCGCCAUCGCCCCCUGCGUCAACGGCAAGUCCAACAUCUACCGCAAGUCCGACUUGGACUACUCGGUGCGCAGCAUUGCCAGCCCUGAAAACAAGCUGGAGUUCUUCAACACGCCAGGUGUUAAACGCGACGCCGCCUACUACUCUUCGUUGCCUGGCUUAGGCCACGCUAUCAAGUUCUUUGCACGCUACAUUGGUGAAGACAAUAUGAUUGGAAUCGCGCUCUGGGAAAACGUUGGUGCCAAAACGGGCCUCACUGGAGACGUGGUGAUUCAGCCGUUGAGUGGCGUUGACAAUGGGGUGGCCGACUACAUGGCCAGGCGAGUACGGUGGUUGCGGGUCCGCAAGUACAUGGUGUUGAUGGCCACGUUGGUGGAGCCAACCACCGAGUCGAUCAUCUGUGGAGUGUUUGGCACCUACGCAGUGUCGACUCUCCUCAUGAACUGCUGGUUCUACUGGCCGUUCUUCGCAAUGCACAUGUUGGUGUGGAUGGCUACAGAUUACGUCCAGUACCACACCUUGGUGCGGAACAUCACCCAGCCGGCCCAGGGAGUGCCGCAGUGGUUGCGGCGCAUCCCACCGGUGGAGAGACCAUUCUGGGGGUGGUUGCGGAUCUGGGCCAUGCGCGAGGUGUUGGCGUUGCCCAUCUGGGUGACUGCCAUGAUGGGGCACGAGAUCGACUGGCGGGGCAAGCCGUUCAAGAUCAAGCAAGAUUUGACGGCCGAGGAGUUGUAG